ACCGCUCAGUGAACGCGCACCGUUGAGAUUGAAACCACGUUUCUGAAUCGGAAAUAAAACACCGUCGAAGCAAAAGAACUGAUCUCAGUGUUCGCUACGCCCGAAAAAUCUUCGUUGACUUUCGUUUGUUUAUCGUGAGAGUCCGCUUGUGACAUUCGGCCCCGAUUGAAAACAAAACACGACCCGUCGUCGACGUUAACAACGAGCAUGUCCACGUUGGAACGAGUUGCCACCGCCAACUUGGGGGUGAUGAUCGCUCUGAACAUGACUAAGCCAGCAACACCGGCCAAGCAUUUGUUGCGAGAAGCGAAGAAGGUCUACUCCUGCGCCACGAGCAGAUUCGAGCGGUGGCUCGUCGCGAUGGACAAGGACUACUUACUCAGGAUUGUGAUGUGGCAUUUCAGCAGAAGCUUCGAAGAGCUCAAGACAGCCAUUUUGAACGAUUUGGACAAUGGCUAUGAAUCGCUACAGUUCGUCAUGCAAAUCGCUCCGAAGUUCAUGUCGAGCACGCUCAACUCGGCGCUGCAACAGGUCGCCUGUGAUUACCUGUGGUCGAAGACCAUUAUCGAGAAAAUUUUCCGCAUCUGGCCCUUGGCAGCGGGUUCCAACAACGAUAAGAGACUGUUCCGCGAUGUCCUCAUCCAGCUAUACAGAUACAUUACGAGAUCGCUGAUAACCUGGCUCACCCAAUAUAGCCCCACCAUGCCCGACGAAUCUCCGUUCCUGCAGGAGCUCAGCAAAGUGAUCGAGCUCUUACUCAAGUCAGUGCAAUGCAUCGCUCACCACGGGUCGCUCAGCAAGACCAACAAGCGAUUAUCUUUCCGGGGACUUUUCUCGAAUCGUUCCCUAAUGCCCGACAGGCCGGAGCUGAGCCCCGGGAGCCUCGAAAUCAAGAAAAAAUUCUCAGCCAAAACUCAAAAAAACCUGGAAUGUGCCUUCGUCGACCAAAUGAAAUGCCUCCGCCGCGACAUCGGACAACGGAGAAACUCGAUAAAAUGCGCUCGCUGGUUAACUUUGGCCGUUCCCCGAGAGGUUCAGAACGAGCCGCUGCUUUUACGAUCGGAUUCCAUCGCCUCGAUAGCGCCCCUCACGUCGCCCUUCGAGGAUAGCAUGCGGAGAGCUUGAACAUAAUUUUAAUUAAACCUUUCAUCAAUGUUCCAUGUAUAUCUAUGUAAAUAAGCGAGAACAUGUGCAUUUAUGAAACUAACUUAAUGAUACGAUCACCAUGACCUCAAACCGUUCCUAUUUACGCAUCGUUUGAUGUUAGAGCGAAUGGGAGAACUUGAAACUCGUGUGUUGUGACAGAGUGCUCCCUAUGUAUUGAGCUUCGAUAAGGAAGAAUCUCAAGCUCUCCUCCGAUUGUUGUGAUACAUUUAUCAGUCUUUUUGAGUAAAUCCACGGAGCGACUUAAGUUAUUGACGGGCGUCAGAUCCGCCUCGUGCUCUGUUCGCAGGAGGUCGCGCUUCAACUCAAGAGAUAAAUUAUUUGCAAUUUGUAUUCAACGGAACCGAUGUUCAGAAAUAAUAAAACCGCAAGGACGUUUGGA